UCCAAGAUGGCGGUUCCUAAAGCAAAGGGUUACAGACCAAGAUGUUUCUUUGACGUCUCUGUUAACGGUCAAAAAGCUGGAAGAAUAAUUUUUGAACUUUUUGCUGAUAUCUGCCCAAAAACCUGUGAGAACUUUAGAUCUCUUUGUACAGGUGAAGCAGGCCUAGGGAAGGCCACUGGUAAACAGCUUCAUUACAAAGGGUGUCCAUUUCACAGGGUUGUCAAGGAUUUCAUGAUUCAAGGAGGAGAUUUUACUGCAGGAAAUGGUACUGGUGGAGAAUCCAUUUAUGGUGGCACAUUUGAUGAUGAAUGUUUUGUUUUAAAACAUGACAAACCAAUGUUGCUUUCCAUGGCCAACAGAGGACCAAACACCAAUGGAUCCCAGUUUUUCAUAACAACUCAACCUGCACCACAUCUAAAUGGAAUUCAUGUUGUUUUUGGACAUGUCAUUGUUGGUGUAGAGUUAAUAUCUGACAUAGAAAACCAGCCAACCAAUGACAAGAGUAGACCUCUUGCUGAUAUAAGAGUUGAAAACUGUGGAGAAUUGAUUCCUAAAUCUAAAGUCAAAGAGAAACAAAAGAAACAAUUAGCCAGCUCAUCAGAAGAAUCAGAAUCUGGCAGUGAAUCUUCAGAUUCUGAGAGUAGAAAACAAAAACAAAAGCAAAAAAGGAAAGAGAAAAGUAAAGUGAAGAAAGGGAAAAAGACAGAAAGUGCUGAUGAAUCUAAUCGGGCUGAAGAGAAUGAGAAGACAAUUGAUGGAAAAGAACCUGUACCUUUCUCUGAAAAUCCUUUGUACAUACCAACUGUCUCAAUUGAUACUGUCCCCGAUGUUCCUAGUAGCAAAUUUUUGAUGAGACGGAGCCGUACACCAUCACCAGUGCGCGAGAGAAGAAAGGGAAAGUCACCCCCUGGUUACAAGGCUCCUCCAACCUCAAGUACCAAAAGAGUUUCAAACUCAGGAAGAAUACUUCGUGGCCGAGGAAGAAUGCGGUACCGAACACCUCCCCCAGAAGGGAGCCAGCAAUCAAGAAGUCUGUCUCAAAGCAGAUCUCGAAGCCGGUCACCACAGCGACGACGACCAAGAUCUCCUCCAAGAUCACGUGAAAGGCCACGAAACAAUUACCGUAGAGCCAGAUCACGCUCAAGAAGCUUCUCUCCAGUUAAAAGAACAGGAAUAAGAAACCAGAGAACUGGCUCCAACUCCCCACCAAUAGCACAACGAAGCCGUAAUUCAAGUAGAUGGGACCGGAAUUCAAACCCAGCAAAAUCACAGGAAGGGACGACAAGGAAUGAAGGAAUAGAUGGUCAAGAGGAAGGAAUUACAAACCGAAGCAGAUGGGAGAGAGAGCAAAACUCAGAUGAUGAAAAAAUGAAUAACUCUACUAACACAACCAUACAUAAUCAACAACCCAACCAAAGCAAUGAGAAAGCUAGUCCAGUAUCGAACAAAAAACCUACUACUAGCAACUCAAGCACAAAACAUAGAAAAAGUCACAGUAAAUCACCAGGUAAACAACACGAGCAAGGAUCUGGUGCCCAUAGAAGACAGGAGUCACACAGGAGAAGAAGUCGUUCAAGUGAAUCUAAAAGUAAAUCAGACACAAAGAAUAGAUCUAAAGAUUCCCAUAACACAAGUGAUAGUAGAAGACGAAGUUCAGGUAACAGGAAAAGUAGGUCUCGCAGUAGGUCUGGUGAUAAAAGAAAAUCUUCAAAGAACCAGAGAAAAUCUCGGAGAAGUCGCAGUCCGUCAGGUGAAAAACGGAAAUCUCGAAGUAGAUCACAUAAUAGAAGACGGAAAAGUCCUCGACGUCAUCGCAGUCGGUCAGGCAGUAGUAGCAAAGAACGUAAAUCAAGCAAAUACAAAAGUAAAAGACGAAGAUACAGUUCAAGCUCUGAUUCAGACUAAUAUUUUUAUUGAUCGUAGAUUUACACCUUUUUAUAUUGUUUGUCAGACAGUCAACUACCUACUGACCCUUACAAAACAUUACAUGAAAAACUGCAUUUUUGUUCAAUAGACACAACAUAGCUUCACGUGAAAAAAGUUUCAAAAGGCAAAGAGCACCUUGUGAAACUUCAUGAUAAUAGUAACCUUUUAAUAAUUAAAAUUAUUUCUUUUUGUCAUAUCGGUAGUUUGUAUUGUAAAAAAAUGUCCAAUGAACACCAUUCAUUUAAAUUUAGUAUUCUAAGAUCACCUGAUUAGAUCUUUUUAAAACACUCUUUAUUGAGUAAUAUUUUGAAUGAACAUUGCAUAACUCUCUUUGAUAAAGUAUCACUUGUAGAAUACACUGUGAUUUUAGUCAUUGUUCGUAAUGUGUUUUACUUUGUAAAAACAGGCUUCAUUAUUAUUUCUCUUGCAUUCAGCAGAAUUUAAUAAAAAAGUAAAGUUUGUUUCCAUAA